UGGCUCUAGCUGAGCCGCCCUUCCGGGGUCACUGGCCAAAGAACCGCACUUGCGGGUCCCGGAUUUUUGGCGAGGGCUAUUGAGGAUCGCCAUGUCGCAGAUGGUUGGCUCGCUGGAUACGAGCUCGCUUGGCGUGAUCCAUGACGUGCAGUUGGAUUAUUACGCCAAGCGGGCCGCAGCAGCUUCUAGCGACGGCAGCGUGCGAAUCUGGGACGUCACUGACGGCCGACAGCAGCAGAUCGGGCACCUCAAGGGCCACGAGGGUCCCAUCUGGAAGGUCUCUUGGGCUCACCCUCGCUUCGGCAAUCUGCUGGCAACGGCAGGUUACGACAUGAAGGUGAUCGUUUGGAAGGAGGAGCGGGGGCAGUGGGUCAUGGCUUACGUGGACUCCAAUCACGGGGCGUCAGUGAACGAUGUGGAGUUUGCUCCCCAAGAGCACGGCCUGCGGCUGGCCUCUGCCUCCUCAGACGGCAGCGUAGCAGUGCUCACCUACUCCGCCGAUGGCUCCUGGCGGCGCAGUGUGAUGCAGGCGCACCCGGGGGGAGCCCAGACACUGAACUGGGCCCCUGUUAGCUAUCGGGACGGCGUGCCCAGCAGCCCUGUGCGCGUGGCCACGGGUGGCUGCGACCACACCGUGAAGAUUUGGAGAUUCGACAACGAGGUUUGGUGCGAGGAGAAUCCUCGCUUUCCUUAUGCCCACACAGACUGGGUUCGGGACGUGGCCUGGCGGCCGGACCACUCCAGCGUGUUGGCGACAGGGAGCUGGGACCAGAGCGUCGUGAUUUGGACUCAGGAGAUGGAGGGCCAACCCUGGCGGCAGCUGUGCAAGCUUCCGGUGAACGGCAAGGUGGAGUGCCUCUCUUGGUCUAUCACUGGUAGCAUGCUGGCCGUCUCCUAUGGUGAUGGCUUGUCCGUGAUCUUCAAAGAGGCCUACGAUGGCCACUUUGAGGAGGUGGGCAAGAUCGAGGAGUCGGGCUACACGGAGGUGCCUGGCAAGCUGGCGCCAAUGCCAGGUGCAGGCGCUGAUGGCUAUGGCCAGGCAGCACCUGCUGCCCCUGCUGCCAAUGCCGUCAACUCAGAGAUGGCUCAGCAGCAGCAGGCUGUCUUGGAGGCCUUCGGCAUGUAAGACGGCACUGAGCCAGAUUGGAGCAUGCAGACAGGGCAAACCACCCCGCGGCGCGCUGCUUUGCAAAGGUUGGUGUUG